CAUUUGGGUUGUAUUAAGACUAAAGGGUAGCACCGAAGUUAAAAAAAUGUAAAACAGUUGGGGUAUUUAGUGUAAAAUGAGUGUAAAAUCCGCGCAUGCGCAUCUAAGAUAUGACCUGAAGUCAAUGGUACGGCACACUCUCCGUCUCCGGGACGAGUGCGUGAAAAUGGUGAAUUCCUAGGUUCCGAACCAAAGUCUAGACUGAUACAUGUAGUGAACCAUAAUAAACGUUGUAUGGUGUGCUUCGGUAAGUGUUUGAGUGGCCCAAAUAAUCAAAUUCACUAAAUGACGUUGACCGGGUCUGAGUCAGUAAUGGCGUUUGCCGUUCACAGACCUAACCACGGCAGAAGAUAUUGAAAUGACAUUUCACAACAUCCCAACUCGGGAGGAUUCAAAGAAAACAAAUUAAUUGUUAGUGCAAUUGUACGUCGCGACGCAUUCGCUAGGCUUACGGAAAUUUGUGUAAUACACUGUGAUACUAACAAAAUGUGAUAUAAAACGACUGAAAUGAAUUUAUAAAAGUGCAUCUUGGCCCCGAAAACAUUUCUAUGCAGUGCUCCUGGACGCACGACUCAUAACGAAACUGUUAUUUUAAGGGUAUAACCAUGGACAAAACCGAUCAGAAAAAGAAUUCAAAACGCCAUGGUGCUAACGAGUCUCAUGGGACGCGCCAUAUUUCCAACUCCAGUUCUGGGGUUUUAAUGGUGGGUCCAAAUUUUCGUGUGGGGAAGAAAAUAGGCUGUGGAAAUUUCGGCGAAUUACGCCUAGGAAAAAAUCUUUAUAAUAACGAACAUGUGGCCAUUAAAAUGGAACCCAUGAAAUCGAAAGCUCCACAAUUACAUCUUGAGUAUAGAUUUUACAAGUUUUUGGGUAGUCAUGAAGGAAUACCAGAUGUUUAUUAUUUCGGUCCUUGUGGGAAAUAUAAUGCUCUGGUGAUGGAAUUACUCGGCCCUAGUUUAGAGGAUCUUUUCGACAUGUGCGACCGGAAAUUUUCUUUAAAGACUGUUUUACAAAUAGCGAUCCAACUCUUACACAGGAUUGAGUAUGUACAUAGUCGUCACCUUAUUUAUCGGGAUGUUAAACCUGAGAACUUCCUUAUUGGACGAAGUAGUACAAAACGCGAAAAAAUAAUUCACAUUAUAGAUUUUGGUUUAGCAAAAGAAUACGUGGAAAUGGAAACAAAUAAACAUAUUCCGUAUAGAGAACACAAAUCGCUGACAGGAACAGCACGAUACAUGUCGAUCAACACUCAUCUUGGCAAAGAGCAAUCUCGUCGUGAUGAUUUAGAAGCUUUGGGUCAUAUGUUUAUGUAUUUUUUGCGAGGGUCACUCCCUUGGCAAGGACUCAAAGCCGACACGUUAAAAGAGCGAUAUCAAAAAAUUGGUGACACAAAACGUGCCACACCAAUUGAAGUUCUCUGUGAAGGACAUCCAGAAGAAAUGGCAACUUAUCUUAAAUACGUGCGACGGUUGGAUUUUUUUGAAACGCCAGAUUAUGAAUAUUUAAGGAAUCUGUUCCAAAAUUUAUUCAACCGCAAAGGUUAUCCAGACGAUAAUGAAUUUGACUGGUCGGGAAAGACAAUGAGUACCCCCGUCGGUUCUCUACAAACAACAGCACAUGAAGUAGUAGUUUCUCCAAAUAGGGAAAGACAUAUUACAAAUAAGACAACUAGCAAAGCAAAUGCAUGGCCUGAAGCUUCGAAGCAGAGUACAUUGGGCAACUUGACACCAGCUGACCGUCACGGUUCUGUACAGGUUGUUAGUUCGACCAAUGGCGAAUUAAACGCCGAUGACCCCACAGCUGGACACAGCAACACACCUAUAACUCAACCUCAGGAAAUUGAACUUCUUGAUGAAACAAAAAAACGAAUUUGUGUGUGGUUAUCUUUUAGGUGCUGCUGUUUCUUUAAGAGAAAGAAGAAGAAAGGUGUACGCACUAAAUGACUACAAUACAGCGAGACAGACCAACAUCUCACACUGUUGCCGUGUGGACAUAGUAGUGCUGCAACACUUAAUUGACUAUGUUUAAAUGAAGACUUCUGUCGACUUGUUACGUUGUACUAUUUAAAUAGCUAAUUUAGGUUAGCCUUAAUUUAAAUAUAAGUUAGUAUAAGUCAUACCAUAUCUGUGAACGUCUACGGAAGCCUUACUCGUCCUCGGUUCUGUACUUUUUUCCAUUUGUAUUUUUAAUCUUACCUAGUUUGUCGUAUUUAUUGUUUACCAAAUACUACGUUGUAUGAAUUAUUUGACUUAGUGUAGUGUGUGUUCUAGUAAACAUUUAACAUAUAAUUUUUAUCUAUGAAAGGAGAACAUGUUGAUUUUUGCGAGUAAGGCCGAGUUUUAGUAUGUUUGAUAAGGGAUGAUUCUUACUGAACAAUGUAAAAUGAUAAUUGAGGUGUAAAUAAUCUAACAGCCUUUCACCGCAUUUACAAUUGUUUGGAACACGCAUCAUUCUUAACGCCAAAUUUAUUAUUGCUAUUUUUUAAAYCUUGCUCUUUUUGUUUGUAUAUAGUAAUGUUCGCAUGUUGAACGUUAAAAUAUUUAAUUCGCAGUCUUUUUUUUAUAUAAACAAAUAUAUUUGGCACGUUCAAUAUGGGGACCUGAAGGAAUUUUAACGUAAAGUUGUGAUUUAAUCGUUGUAUAAAUUUGCUUUGUUGUUGAUCUCAAGUAAAAAUUGAUCGACUGCUUAACUCUUCUUUAAACCACAAGCAACCUACAAGUUUAUAUGAACGUUGAUAACUUGUGGCUCUACUUUAUACCAACAAUAUGAUUUUAAUAAUUUCUUUUGUGGCUCGUAUAAAAUAUAGAAUGUUAGAACACA